AUUAAGGGUAGGCAACGCAUCCUCAAUUGCGGUUGUUUAUGGGCAGCGGUCGCUUUCCAUUUCGGUGGAUUCAUGUGGCCACUUGCUUGUUUUCCACCUUAUUAUAAUAAAAAAAAUGCAGGCUUACGGUCCAGUACUGGCUAGUUGUUCUGGUCAUAUAAUGCGCCAUUAUUGUUUAUACCAUUCACUAUAAGUUUAUAGCGAUAGGUUGCGUGCUUUCAGGUAGUUCUAAUGAUUCAUGUUACGCGAUUGUAAAUGGUAAAUGCCGAAGAUGUUAUUUGAAUUGCUUAUGCUUUGCAGCUAGUUGCACUGACUUGGAAUAGCUUACGGCGAUUUUUAGCGCAAUAAUAAAUAACGACUGGGCGAUAUAAUAUUGAAUAGGGCUCACGAUCUAGUCGUUGUUAGUUUAGGUGCAACGGGUUUGUAAUAUUUGUUAUAGGACUAUUAAAACAGUUAAAAACUGCGUUACUUUGGAAAAUGGAUUUUUGUUUUCUGAACUAAUGUACUAUGGUAGGUUCCUUGUACUCCGGUAACAGGCUUAAUGCUUCCAAAAGUCACAAUGUCGAAUCGUGUUACUAAAUUUAUAAACACUAGCAAACGUGACCGAACUAUUCCCAAAUGCGAUUGUUAGUCGACUAACAACAAUGUUUUGUAAACUUUUAACAGUAAUAUACAACUUGAGAAAACCACUGCGAUCGUAGAUGGGCUCUAAUUAAAACGUACAAAACAUGAUUCCUGUAACAUAUUUCCGAAUACUUUCUUUUAUAUUGUUUUCUUUACUUGCUGUUAGUAAAAGUUUUGACGAAUACAAACCAGACAUAGCUCGACUCGGUAAAACAAAGAAAUCCAAAAUGGGUAAGUUAUUGAAAAUAAGUAAAAAAAUAACUAAGAUUUCUCCUAAUAACAAAGUUGUUUUUCAUCAUUUACUACGUGAGUUUACUUUUUUUACAGGUGAAAAAACAGCAAUAGGCACUUUUACUAAUGUCAUAACACAGAUUCAAAAUUUACCAACAAUGGAAUUUGGACGUAAAUUCAGGACUCCUUGUAAAACGGGGAACAAAUGCGGAAAGGUAAUAAAAAGACUUAUGGUACCAAAAUUGGCACAACUGGAGAACACAAUUAUGGGUAUAAUGAAAGAGCUGUCGAAAAUGUCUCCAGGGUCCCGACUGCCCGACAAAUACACCAAGACGGAACCAAUAAAACUAUUAUUGGAUCAAAAUUAUAAGGAAGACGUGUGCAUGGACAAACUGGAAUCUUGUUUGAAAGAAGAUAAACGACGCAAGAGGAUUCUUAAGAAGUUAUUCUUUAAAAAAUACAACGCGAUGCGACAGGAGCUUAUUGGUUAUGGCGGGAGAAGACUUUGGGGCGGAGAAGGAAACUUGUUCUAUAAAUGAUAAUAAACGAUGAAUUAAAACCAUGUUGAUAUUGAAAU